AUGGAUAUGCGUCCAGCGGCAAGUCCAAAGUCCACUCCAGUUCUCUCGAAGCAUUCGGAGGAGCUGGUCAGCAUUUUGAAAAAGCUCCCAGCGGCCGAGCUUAAGAGGAAAGUUUGUGCACCUGCCCUGCAAAGUUUGGAGGAUGAUGAGUCUCAGUGGAGAACUUACAAAGCUCACAGCGGAGAGGCUCGUGAUCGGCGUCGCUAUUGUCCUGGCAGCAGCUUGCAUGUUCCAAUUGCAGCAAGUAAUGUCUUCUGCCGCUGGACGCUGAAAGGCCUGGAGGAUCGUUCACAAAGCUUCGCUCUGGGUUUCGAUCCCCAGGGCUGGCCAGGCUUUUGCAGCUUCAUCCGAGUGUCCUUCCAACUGCCUGUCGACCGGAAUCUUUGCAUUAGGCUAUCACUCAGUAGCAGUCGAAAGGUGGCUGGCUCGCUCCCAAUUGCGGAUCUGGCCAUGGCCUUUCUGGACCUGGCAGAGCUGAGUGCGGAGGAGCGUUUCAAGGUCGACUUUUUGGAGCUGCGGGAUGCGCGGUUGCAGGUCGUGGCCAUCGCCAAGCUUCAUAGCGCCUGUCAACAGCGAUGGAGCACGGAGCAGUUGCCCCUGGUUCCGGCAAAACAGGCUUGCUUCCUUGACCACGCAGUGGACGCCCAGGCUCGCCGGCUCUAUGAGCACAUUGCAGCUGCUGCUGGCAUAGGUGCUUACAGCCCUGCAGCUAGUGCUGGUGCUGGCCGCAGCCUUCCGCGGGACCCAGAAAUAGAUGGUGAUCAAAAGCGUGCCAGUGGCUCACCACCCAGAGCACAGAGCAGGGAGGUAGCUGGAGAAGCUCCUCGAGCCGUGAAGAGUCCCGAGCAGUGCCGAAAUCCGGCGCAGACUCAGACUCCAACAGGUCCAUCAGGUGCCCAAAGCAAUGGCAUCCUGGAGGACUUCUUGGGUUUGCUCACUCUGGUUGGCUGUGCGCCAGAGCGUUGCGCGCCACGGAAAUGUGGCUGCCAAUUUAUGGAAGAUGCUGCAGAAGCUCCAUUGCAGCGCCCAGAGGCGUUCCGCCCGUCUCCAAUGGCCUUUCGCGAGGAACCCAUCAACUUUCAAGUGCAGCCACCCACCGCUGCAAAUGCUGAGUGGCUUGGUCACGCACGAAGGACAGCCCGGCAUGCGAAGUAUGCAAAAUUUAAGUCACAACCUUCGAAAGCUGCUUGCUUGGCAUUUGACGGACCAGCCUUCCGUGGAUUGAAUGCAUCGACGUUUUCAAAGGCUGAACAGAAACAUGCUCAAGCAAGUGUUCGAAUCUUGUGCGCACUCUAUGGAGUGCUUCGACCUUUUGACAGCAUCAGGCCAUACAGACUUGAAAUGGCUUCCAAGCUGAAGACCUCCCGAGGCAAGUCCAUGUACGAAUUUUGGGGUGACCUCAUUACCGAUGCCAUCGCCAAGGAGGUCAAGGCUGCAAAAAUCAAGUGGUUGGUGAACUGCGCAUCCCAGGAGUUUUGGAAGGCCAUCCGCCCAAAGAGGUUGCCAGCAGGUCUAAAAGUGGUGACCUGUGACUUCUCUGGACCCUCCAGCCUGGUAAAGCAAGCACGGGGAAGUAUGUGCCGUUACAUUGUGACGAAGCGCAUCAAAGAUCCAGCUGGGCUGAAGAAGUUCACUGGAGAUGAGAAGAAUAGGUGCCAUGCAAAGGGUUUGGCGGUUCAGGGGCAAAAAGCGCCCGGCCGAGAGCUCAAAGGCCCGCUACCUGGGAGCGGAUGGGAGCUGAUGUUGCAGAAGGUACUGCCGCCAAGCGCCGCCGUUGACUGCAAUAGUCAUGCCGCAGAUGUUAGUUUUCAGGUGUCGGAGAGGAGCUUCAGCCGGAUCUGUGAGUUGAGCGACACUUUUCAGCCUGAAAGAGUGCACGGCACGCCGCAGGUGCCCAGUUUUCGAGCUGAAGAGUUGCCAGCAGAGCCAGUGCUCAAUCCCCAGGAAGAGGAGCAGUGCACCCUGCGUCGGAAGCUCUUUCAAACCUUCGAGGAAGCAGCUCCCACUGUUCGCGCAGCACCUGGAUGGCGCACUUCAAUGAGCUCUGGGCCAGGAGACGGUGAUGAUGGUAAGUUAGAGGCAGCACAAGAGAUGUCGCGAUUGCGUUCACAGCUGCAAGAGGAGCGAUCUGUCACGCGACGGCUGGUGGCCGAGCGGAACACCUUGCGCUCACAGGUGUGUAAGGUUCAAAGCGACUUGCAGGCCUUCCGCGACAAGCACGAGAAAACCAUGAUGGGUAUGGAGGUGAUGUGUGUCCAACUGGGCAUCGCAAAGCAGAAGGAGGUCCGUGCUGAGCGAAUGGAAGCAUCUUUGAAAACACUGCAGGAGGUCUCACAGCAGCUCGAGGCCAACCCUCCACAGGGCCGACCGGAUGCUGCUUUUGAGGCUUUGCGCUUGGGCUUGUCAUCUGUGCUGUCGGACGCCAAGCAAUGCAACGAGAAGGGCCCAGCUGCUUGGACUCCAGAAGGAAGGCAAAUGACUCAAAUGACUCAAAUGACUCCGCAAAAGACUGCGCAGGCGCUGGCGUCAUUGGCAAAGCCUCACUGGGACGGACAGUACCUCUCAUCCCCUCCUAAGAUCCAAGAAGGCAAUAGCUCGACCCCAAGCGCGAGGUCUGGCGAUGCCGAAGGAGAAAGCGAAGGCGAAGGUGACUUGCUGCCACCACCUCCCAACAGCAAAUGCUGGGAGUGGCCCUUGUCAAAACCAGAGAAACAAGAGAGAGUGGCAAUGAUCGAUGCGCAGCUGUGGCGCUACGAGCAGACUGGCCUCAUCGAACAGGUGGAAAUGCUCCAGGGUCUCUGCGCGAAACAUGGCAUCACGCCCAGCUUUGUGACUGAGCCCAGAUAUUUUUUUCUGGGAGAUCUGAAGGGCACGAUUUUGAGCCUUCAAACGAGGAAGAUGAUGAAGUGGGCAGCACGGCGAGUUCAGAGUCCGUCUAGGUUAGGGAUGUCCACCGACUGGAGAGAAUCGGUGCUGGACCUCAAGCGGAUCUGGGUAGAAACCACAGAGGAACACCUCAUAGCAGCCACGCUGAGGUUUCAGCAAAGUCAAGGCAGUAGAAUUGAGGAGACCAUGCAAGUUCACCAGUGUGCCCACUCACAUAUCCGUGGCCUGGGACUGGACGAUGCCCUGGAUGCACGAAUGGUGUCACAGGGUAUGGUCGGGCAGAACAGUGCUAGGCGUGCGGCUGGAGUGAUUUUGUCCAUGAUUCAGGAAGAAAAGAUUGCAGGCAGAGCAGUACUCAUUGCUGGCCAGCCGGGAACUGGCAAGACUGCCAUUGCAAUGGGCAUGGCCAAGGCCUUGGGUGAUGAUACGCCAUUCACAAUGCUGGCUGGCUCUGAGAUUUUCUCCCUGGAAAUGUCCAAGACGGAGGCACUCACACAGGCUUUCCGCAGAUCAAUUGGAGUCCGAAUACGAGAAGAAGCCGAGAUCAUUGAGGGAGAGGUUGUCGAGAUCGAGAUUGAGCGCCCGGCGAACGGCCAGGCGGCGACGUUCGGCAAGAUGACUCUGAAGACCACUGAGAUGGAGACGAUGUAUGACUUGGGGCAAAAGAUGAUUGAAACCAUCCAGAAGGAACAGAUCCAGGCUGGUGACAUCAUCACAAUCGACAAGUCCUCUGGCAAGAUCUCGCUGUUGGGCCGAUCUUUUGCAAGGUCCAGAGAUUAUGAUGCUAUGGGUCCUCAGACACGCUUCGUUCAGUGCCCUGAGGGUGAGCUACAGAAACGCAAGGAGGUGGUGCACACCGUGAAUUUGCACGAGAUUGAUGUGAUCAACAGUCGGCAGCAGGGCUUCCUGGCACUCUUUGCUGGUGACACGGGUGAGAUCAAACACGAGGUCCGAGAACAGAUUGACGCCAAAGUGGCAGAGUGGCGCGAGGAGGGCAAGGCUGAUAUCGUGCCUGGUGUACUCUUCAUUGAUGAAGUUCACAUGUUGGACAUUGAGUGCUUCUCCUUUCUGAACAGAGCACUGGAGGCUGACUCUGCGCCCAUCGUGAUCAUGGCCACGAAUCGCGGUAUCACCAACAUUCGGGGCACAGACUACAAGAGUCCGCAUGGUAUUCCCCUCGACCUGCUGGACCGUAUGCUGAUCAUCUCCACCCAGCCGCAGCACUGGCACUGCUUGAAUCCUGAAAGAACUGAUGCGGAACCUGACCUUCUACAUGAUUUAUACAUGAUUUAUACAUGA